AUGGGUCUCGCACAAGAAGCCGGCCGUGUGGCUGCCGAGUUUGAGUACUCGGACGCCCAGGUCAACAAGGCCGUCAAGGAGUUCAUCCGCCAAAUGGACGAGGGUCUCGAGAAGUCUGGCACCACCAUGAGCCAAAUUCCCACUUACGUGACCGCUGUCCCCAACGGUACCGAGAAGGGUCUCUACAUGGCCGUUGAUCUCGGUGGCACCAACUUCCGUGUCUGCUCCAUCGACCUUCACGGAAACAGCACCUUCUCUCUCACUCAGUCCAAGGUCGCCAUUCCCCGCGAGCUCAUGGUCGCUCAGACCAGCAAAGAGCUAUUCUCUUUCCUCGCAAAGCAGAUUGCUACUUUCCUGCAAACCCACCACGGCGAGCACUACCACGCUACCAUCCGCAGACGCGCCACAAUCCACUCCGAAAGCGGUUUCGAAGAAAGAGAGAUCUUCAACUUGGGCUUCACCUUCUCUUUCCCUGUGGAGCAGGUUGGCAUCAACAAGGGUAAGUUGAUCCGCUGGACAAAGGGCUUUGACAUUGCCGAUGCCGUUGGCAAGGAUGUCUGCAAGCUUCUCCAAGACGAGAUUGAUGCUCUCCACCUACCCGUUCGCGUUGCCGCCCUGGUCAACGACACCGUCGGUACCCUCAUGGCUCGCUCAUACACUUCUCCUGGCAAGACUGGCACUCUCUUGGGUGCCAUCUUUGGUACCGGCACCAACGGCGCUUAUGUCGAGAAGCUCGACAAGGUCAAGAAGCUGAACGGUGCUGAGAACAGCGCCAACGUUGACCGCACCACUGGUGAGAUGAUCAUCAACACCGAGUGGGGCUCAUUCGACAACGAGCUCUCCGUCCUUCCCAACACUCCCUACGACAACUCACUCGACAAGGAGACCCCCAACCCUGGCAUCCAGAUGUUCGAAAAGCGCAUCUCUGGUAUGUUCUUGGGUGAGAUAUUGCGUCUUGCCAUCGUCGACUUGAUCAAGGAGCGCAAGACCGGUCUCUUCAGUGAUGACAACAGCAGCAGCAACGAUGUUCACAGCACCACCUGCGUCGCCGAAAACAGCCCCUUGUGGCAACCUUGGGGCCUUGACACCAGCUUCCUGUCCAUCGCUCACGGCGACAACAGCAACGGCUUCAAGGUGACCCGCCAGACCCUGGACAAGGACUACGGCGUCCACGCCGCCAGCUCCGAAGAUGCCGAGGCCGUCAAGCUCAUCGCCGCUGCCAUUGGCAAGCGUGCCGCUCGUCUCUCUGCCGUUGCCAUUGCUGCCGUCGUUAUCGCAACCGACAAGCUUUCAGCGCCCAAGGACAUUGCCACUGCCGAUGACACACCCGUCAACGAGGACGAGAUGGUCGACAUUGGUGUUGACGGCUCGCUCGUCGAAUUCUACCCCGGCUUCGAGGACUACAUCAGAGAGGCCCUUCAACAGAUUGAGGGCAUUGGCAAGCACGGUGAGAAGCGCAUUCGCAUCGGUAUCGCCAAGGAUGGUAGUGGUGUCGGUGCUGCCCUCAUCGCUCUUGUCGCCGACAAGCUCGCUAAGCAGGAACAGCUCAAGGAGUACGACUAG